ACUGGAACACUCAUCAAAGGAGUUCCCUUGACAGAUCGAAGAUAACCUCUGCAAACUACUGUUGUGAGAGUCUUCUUGAACUGGAAAAGCUGUAGUUGGAACAUGUGUAUUCACAACUACAACACACCAGCUUGCAUCAAAUCUCAUCUUAAGACCAAAAGGUCUGGAAAAAAAAAAUUUUAACUGUAACGCACGGUCAACUUCUAGCACCCUGUUUUGGCUUAAAGUAUGGCUCCUUUCUCUACCUUACUGAUAAUUUUCACUAUAACUCGAAUAUAAUGAAUAAAAUGCACAGAUUAGCAAUUCUUUAUUAAGAUGUGCAAUAAAGAUGCUGUCAUGAUUUGAGAGCAAUAAGGGAGAGAUGCAGCAAAACAGUGCGGUCAUGACUGGAAAUUUGAUUAAAGUAAGGUAAUCUUCUCCUUGAAAAGAAUUAGUGCAUUGAGCUUUAGUCAGCCACAUCAUCCUGUAAACUGCUGUCAAGAUAAGCUAGUACAUAAAUUCUCUUUGCAAAGGUAUGUUACUUCAGAAGAGUCCAACUAGCAGAAACAUGGCAUUUAACGGUACUUGGAAAAUAGAAAGAAAUGAAAACUAUGAAAAGUUCAUGGAGGCAAUGGGUGUUAACAUGAUGAAAAGAAAGUUAGGAGCUCAUGAUAAUUUGAAGAUCACUUUUCAACAAGAUGGGAAAACAUUUACUCUCAAAGAAUCAAGCAACUUCCGUACCAUAGACAUUGAAUUCACACUGGGAGUCGAUUUUGAGUACAGUUUGGCUGAUGGGACUGAACUCGCUGGCUCUUGGAACAUGGAAGGAAACAAACUUGUAGGAACAUUUACUAGAAAAGAUAAUGGAAAAGUACUCAAAGCAAACAGAGAAGUCAUAGGUGACGAACUUGUUCAGACUUACAUAUAUGAAGGAGUUGAAGCCAAGAGAAUCUUCAAAAGAGCCUAAGAACUUCACCCAGACCAGCAUCAGAAAAAAAA